UCUGCCCAUUCCCGCCCUCCCACUUUCAUUGGCCGCUCGCGCUGUCAGUCACGUGUUCCGCUCUCCCAUUGGCCGAGACGCGCCGAGGGCGGGCGUUUUGCGCUCGGCCCCGCCUUCCUGCGCUCUCAUUGGUCGUUCGCGCUGUCCGUCACGUAUCCCGCGCUCCCAUUGGCCCGGAGUGGCGGGAGCGGGGUUUUCGCGCGCUGCCCCGAGCGCGCCGCGUCCCUCCCGCUAUGGAGCGGCGGCGGGAGCUGAAGGCGAUGCUAAAGGGCUGGGAGGAAGCGUUCCUGCGGCAGUGGAGGAGGAAACCGGGGAAGGCUGACAUUGAGGCGGCUCCGGAGGAGACCAGGAGGCUCUACAGGGAAUACCGUGCGCUCAAACGGCACCGGGAGGAGCAGGAGACGUCCCAGCUCAGUCCCCCUGGCCCCGCGGCAGCCGUGGAGACCCCGACUGCAGAGCAGGUGCCGGACUCCGGUUGUUGGGGUUCACACCUCAACCGACAGCCGAGACCCCCCAAGUUGAGCCGCGGCAACGCCGGCACCGAGCCCUCGGCACAGCUCUAUGGGAGGAGGCUGAGGGCCAAGCUGGGAACGGCCGGCAAGGAGCCCCCCCUGACGCCGAGGUGGACCCCAACUCCUAAGAGGACCCCAAUUCCUAGGAAGACCCCGGCUGUCCUCGCGCUUCCGACCAAUCCAGGUGACAAAGCCCCAUCGCCGACGCCAUCCGGGGCUUCACGGAGCGAUGGAAGCGAGCAUGGAGACCUCAUCCUUCCUCCCUCCGUGUCGGAAUUGGCCCCCAUCAUCCUCACCGCGAGCUCAAAAGCCCCCACGACGCCACUUCCCAAUAAAUUCCAGCAGCUGAAGCGGACGGUGGCACGGAGAAUGGGAUCGCUGGAUCCCGCUUGGCUCCAGAGGUGCCAGGAGACACCUGAGGACAAAGAGACUACGUUGGGUGGGACACAAGGAGAGGGCGGAGGAGCCCCCCUGGAGAAGGAUGUUGGGGGAACAACGUUGGUGGGAGAUUCCAGGAGGAAAAGGCCACUUGGAGAUGGUGGAGGUGGCAUGGAGACUCCUGCAAAGCUCCGGCGAGGAUCAUCCGAGAGAGCAUUUGGUGCUGCCAAUGGGAUGAACCGAUCCGAGGAGGAAGAGGAGGAGGAGGAAGAGCGUGUGGUAACCCCAAAGGAGAGCAGGAAGGCAUCGGAUCGUUUGGAAAACAUCCUGGGGGAGGUGGAGGAAGAGGAGAAGCCCAGACCCACCCGUAGAGCUGUGGCUGCCAGAGCACCUCCGAAGGGAGGCGGCAACUUCAUCCGGCUCAACCUGAAGAGGAAAUCCCACGUCCGAGGUUUCGCCCUGCGGGGAAAUCGCCUUCGGAAGCAGGUUUGGAAGCAGAAGUGGCAGAAGAAAGCGGAACACUUCGGUGGAGGUGGUGGAUCCCUCCAAAUCCGAAACUCCAGCGUCUGCUUCCGAUGCGGUGGAACGGGACAUUGGGCAUCGUCGUGUCGGAGCCGAGGGAUGACGGCCAGUCAACUGCCGGAGGAGAAUGGCCAUUCCAAGGAGGAAGAGGAGGAGGAAGCUCCACUGCCCACGCUGGAAGAGGUUGCUCGCCGGACCAACACCGUCUGCCCAGAGCUCUCCGAGAGCAGAAGCAGUGAGCGCGAAGGAUCCGAGGAGGCUCCAGAGGCUCUGCCGUACCUGGAUGUGUGGAGGCCGGCGUACGAGCCACCCGCUCCCCCACCACCCAUGGAGCCUCUCUACAACCUGGAACCAGAUGGGAAGGUCCAAGCAGAGACUCCGGAGGAGGUGUUUGCAGCUCUCAAGACGCUGGGAUACAGCUCCUUCCGCCCCGGCCAGGAGGUGGCCAUCAUGCGUAUCCUCUCAGGUCUCUCCACGCUGGUGGUGUUAUCCACGGGAAUGGGGAAGUCCUUGUGCUACCAGCUUCCCGCUUACCUCUACCACAAACGUUCCAAGUGCAUCACCUUGGUGGUCUCCCCACUGGUGUCCCUGAUGAACGACCAGGUCUCGGGGCUGCCACCUUGCUUGAAGGCCGCUUGCGUCCACUCCAACAUGACCAAAGCCCAGCGGGAAGCGGUGAUGGAGAAGGUGAGGCAAGGCGAGGUGCAGGUGCUUCUGCUGUCUCCUGAGGCCCUGGUUGGUGGCAGCGGAUUGGGAUGGAGCUGCCUGUCCUCUGCUGACCGGCUGCCACCCGUGGCCUUCGCCUGCAUCGACGAAGCUCAUUGCGUCUCCGAGUGGUCCCACAACUUCCGUCCUUGUUACCUGCGGCUCUGCAAGGUUCUCCGGGAUCACUUGGGCGUCCGCUGCUUCCUGGGGUUGACGGCAACCGCCACCUCGGCCACGGCACGAGACGUGGCGCAACACCUCGGCAUCGCACCGGAGGAAGGGAUAGCGGUGCGUUUGGCCGCCGUGCCACCCAACCUGUGCCUCACCGUCUCCAUGGACCGCGAGAGGGAUGAGGCCCUGAUUUCCCUGCUGCGAGGAGAACGUUUUGGAUGUUUGGAUUCCAUCAUCGUCUACUGCACGCGGCGGGAGGAGACGACUCGCAUCGCGGCGCUCAUCCGGACCUGUCUCCAAGGAAUACUCCUCAGGGAUCCUUCCGGAGCACCGGGCAGUGCCCAAAAGAAGAAAACAAAGGCAACCAAGAGCGUCCACCGCCCACUCAAGUGGAUUGCGGACGCUUACCACGCCGGCCUUUCCGCUUCCGAACGCCGCCGUGUCCAGAACAACUUCAUGAGCGGCCAACUCCGCGUGGUGGUGGCCACGGUAGCCUUCGGCAUGGGUUUGGAUAAACCGGACGUCCGCGGCGUCGUUCAUUACAACAUGCCCAAGAACUUCGAGAGUUACGUGCAGGAGAUCGGCCGGGCAGGACGAGAUGGAGAACCUGCUCAUUGCCACCUCUUCCUGGACCCAGAGGGCGCGGAUCUCCACGAGCUGCGGCGCCACAUUUAUGGUGACACGGUGGAUUUCUUCACCAUCCAAAAGCUGGUGGAGAAAGUUUUCUCUCCCUGCAAGUGCCUGGAGCUGCACCGGAAACACCGGGAUGUGGUCAAGGAUGGGCAUGUGGAGGAUUCCAAGGUGGCCGAGGUCUUGGAGAAUGAGGAGGACGGCAACGGGAUGAGACAGAGUGGACCCCGUGUGUGCUACAAGCAUGAGCGAGCCGUUCCCAUCCAAGAAACGGUGGAGUCCUUGGAUCUCCGGGAGGAAGGCAUCGAGACCCUCCUGUGCUACCUGGAGCUGCAUCCACAGCGCUGGCUGGAGCUCCUGCCUCCCACCUACUCCUCCUGCCGGCUCAUGUGCUAUGGAGGAUCCCGUCAGCUCCGGACCACGGCACGGAGCUCUCCACCCGUCGCCGUAUUCCUGGCCCGGGAACGCCUGGCAGGAAGGGAUCACAGCCACGCCAGCUCCGUGGAAUUCGAUGUGGUCUCGUUGAGUGAUUCCAUGGGUUGGGAAGUAGCGUUGGUGAAACGUGCCCUGCGUCAGCUCCAGUGGGAUCCGUGCCUCCGGCAAGAUGGUGGCAACAGCGAGAGGAAAAGCGGGAUCCUGGUGGAGUUUGGAGGCUUGUCCUUCCACUUCCAUGCCUACGGUGACCUCUCUGACCAGGAGCUGGACUCCAUCUCCAACUUCCUCCACCAAAGGGUGGUGGCCCGGGAAAAGGCGGCUCUUGGCCAACUCCGCUCCUGCUUCCAGGCCUUCCAGAGUGUGGCAUUCCAGAGCUACGGUCCCCACCUGGAGGAGGAGGAGGAGCAGCGGAGUUUGCGGCUGAAGGCUCUGCUCGGAGCUUACUUCCAGAAGGAACCUAAUGGGGAACGUGGCCACGAGGAAGAGGAGGAGAAGGAAGAUCUCGGUGCUCCUAAACUACCUGAGUGGGAGAACCAGAUCCGUGCCGACAUCCGCCACUUCCUUGCCAUCCGCCAGGAUGAGAAGUUUUCCGGCAGGGCCAUAGCCAGGAUAUUUCACGGCAUCGGCAGCCCCUGUUUCCCGGCACAGAUCUACGGCCGCGAUCGCCGCUUCUGGAGGAAAUACCUCUCCUUCGACUUCCACCGCCUCAUCCGUUUGGCCACGGAAGAGAUCCUGGCCACCCGCUGAAGCCAUGGAUCCACCUGGCGCUCUGGGAAGGCGGGAUUUCUCCUUGGAGAUUCUCCCGGUCCCGUUUCCUGCUUCCAAUCCCAUCCUGGAGGGAGUGGAGGUGCAGGGACGGGGAGUUUAACGAGCAGGACCUCGUUUUAUUGCUUAUCCCUGCGCUCGGUGCUUCUCGGUGUCCGCAGGGAAUUUUCAUGUGGAUUUUAUCAUGGAAUUAAUAAAGGGC